AUGUCAUUCAUUGUGAGUCGAAAUUUCUUGUUCUCUCUUGCUGACACAGACAAUGAUUUUGGACCUGGUUUUGUGGUCGUAGCAAAAUCUGAAAGUGGCGAUGAGUCUUUUGAGCCGACCACUUUAUCCAGAGAUAAUACCCCCAGAGCCGCCAGACAGUACGCCGUGCAGCAGGUCCAUAUUGGAAAGAAGAAGGGCAUCCAGGGACAUCAUAAUUCGUGUUACAUGGACAGCUUGUUCUACUCGCUUUUCUUGUUCUCUGAUGCUCUGGACUCGAUUUGCAAAAUAGACUUAUGUAAAAACGUCGAUAUUCGCAAUUCAUCUGCGUUUGAAAUGCAGAAUAAUCUAUUGACCUUAAUUGUCAAUCCUUUGAGGGGUGAAAACUGUUUCAUGCCUGCCGGAAAUGUCAUGCGGCUGCGGAAGCAACUGGAGACGUUUCUCCCUGGAGUGUUGAAGGAGGAGAAGGAUGCAGAGGAACUGCUAGCAGUGCUAUUCUCUAAAAAUUUCGUGGGUGGAGAUGGUCAUCCACCAUUGUUGCACCUUCGCAACGUCAUGCUUGAAGAAGAUCAAGACCUGUUCGUGUAUCAAGUGUUCGUGGAACCUGAGAACGAAGAAGCCUACGCUAAAAUGCAAAAGUCCAUUCCAUGCGUGCGGAACAUUCUGGCGCAGUCUUUUGUGCUUCAAGGACAAUUCUUUCGACAGAAUCCGACAUGCUUCUUGAUACAAUUGCCACGAUUCGGCAAAGAGAAAGUGUUUCCUGGAAUCUUUCUUCCGACUGAAAUUGACAUAUCAAACAUCUCCCUAUCUUCUCCCCAAAAGUGUUCCAUCUGUUCUGUUGCUGCGGCGAAAUUGAGGUGCAAGAGUUGUUCAUUGUCGAGAUCUGAAAGAGUGAUGGGAGCUCGCAAAAACUUCUCGAUUUUUCAGUACUGCGAACAAUGCUUUGAUGUUAUACACAAAUCCAAAAAGAACCACGUCAAAGAUGAAAUUCCUACCGGAGAACAAAGUCUGAAUGGGUUCAAAUACAUUCUGGACUCAGUGAUUUGCAUAAAGACCAGUCAUUACGUGAGCUUUGCACGAACAAAGCUUAACUCACCCGAAGCAUUUCCCAGGAUGAAAUGCUGA